CGGCUCCUAUUGCAGUUCAGAACCCAUUCCAAGAUGGCCGCCCCCUGCGGAGCGUUCUGCUGCCAGGAUCCAAGAUGCCUUCCUUCCCCCCCACGCCUUCGACGUGGCCUGAUUCCGUUCAGGCCUCAGCAGCGCCCUCCAGACGGUGUGUGACCUCAUCAAAGAUGGCUGUUGGAAGAGCCCCCUCGUAUUAGAUUCUUAUCCCUCAGUCCUCGUUAGAGCCUGAAGUUCGUCUGUGACAUGGCGGCGGCUGAGCUGGAGUACGAGUCUGUCCUCUGCGUGAAGCCUGAUGUCAACGUGUACCGCAUCCCGCCGCGGACAUCCAACCGCGGAUACAGGGCAUCUGACUGGAAAUUGGACCAUCCAGAUUGGACGGGAAGACUUCGUGUCACCUCCAAAGGCAAAACUGCAUAUGUAAAACUAGAGGAUAAGGUUUCAGGGGAGCUCUUUGCCCAGGCUCCCAUAGACCAAUAUCCUGGCAUUGCAGUGGAGACUGUGACAGAUUCCAGCCGUUAUUUUGUGAUUCGGAUUCAGGAUGGGACUGGACGAAGUGCUUUUAUAGGCAUCGGUUUCACAGAUCGUGGUGAUGCCUUUGACUUCAAUGUGUCUUUGCAGGAUCACUUCAAGUGGGUGAAGCAGGAAACUGAGAUCUCCAAGGAGACCCUGGAUGCUGACACACGUCCUAAAUUGGAUUUAGGGUUUAAGGAAGGGCAGACCAUCAAACUGAGCAUUGGGAACAUGACAACAAAGAAAGGAGGAGCAGCCAAGCCUCGUGUGUCUGGAUCAGGGGGCUUAAGUCUGCUGCCACCCCCACCAGGAGGCAAAACUGCAGCCCCUUCGGUCCCUCCUGCUUCUUCCACAUCAAUUGCCAACCAUGUCACACCACCACCCGUACCGAAAUCCAGUAACGUGAGCAGUGCAGGUAUUCUAUUAGACUUAGAUGCUCCCGCAUAUGCAUCCAAGACACCAACGUCAACUGCCACAGACGUCUGGGGAGACUUCAACACUGCAUCCAGUGGUGUUCCUAAUCAGGCUCCUCAGCAGUCCAACUGGGUCCAGUUCUGAAUGGUGAAAGCAGUGGAAUGGUAUAAACUGAGGACCAAGAACCUAGAGGCACAAAUGGAGUCACAGGGGGCACAAACCUCUCCAGUCUACAAUCAAAAACAAGUCAGGACAAUUCUUUUUUUUCUUUCUUUCUUUUUUUUUUUUCUUUUUAAAGCCAGAUCUUUAUUUCAGUCAGAACUUGCUGUUUUUGAUUCCUGCAGUGAAACCCACUGAACCUGAAGAGAAUAUCCUGACUCCUCACAAGGUGAGCAAAGGGAAGAGAGCCUCAUCUCUUUUACUCACUUGGCUGUUGCAUGGUACAUCCUAGUUCUUCUCUAUUUUUCCAUACAAGGAAAGCAAGAAUCCUAAGGAAAGUGCACACAGGAGGAGUCUGGGUAGAUGUCUCUGGGUUCUUCAUUCUUGAUAUUUUUUGGUUACAGACUGCUUUCGGCAUCCGCUUUCAAUAGCGACUUGAAUUGCUGCAGCUCGGCCUUCAGUGCUGAAGGCUGUGAAUUUCAAACGGAAGCUGUAAGCUAUCAUGUUUCUCCUGAGUCUUAACACAAAAUGCAACUUGAUUAAUUAUGUCUGUAGUGAGGAGUGAGUCUUGCCACGCAUGCAGUGCAUUUCCUUUUGUUGGUGCAUUUCUUGGUAGUACUGGAUGUUCCUUUGCUCCUAUGGGAGGAAUUGUGCAAGUCCUCGAGUAGACUUGCUGCCCCUAUGAUUUAGCUGCGGCUGGACACCCCAUCAUUAGGCUCUGUGCUUUGCUUGUGGAUUCACUGGAGGAAUUUCUCACUUUCUCCUUUUUUUCCCCACUUCCUUCAGGAAAAUAAAACCUCAUUGUCAGUGAGCUGUUUAAAUGGAAAUAGCUUUGGAGAAAAAAAAAGAAAAAAGCCUGGUUUUGUAAUUAGGUAGUUACUUGUGCUAGAUGUCAAUCUAGUUAUCCCACUACUCAGCAUUUCAUGUUCCUGUGACACACUACUGAGCCCUGACCUUUAUUUGUCAAGUGAUACUUGUAACAGUGAGAAGUUAACAGCAAGUAUUACAUUUUCAGGCCACAGUAAGGACCAUGGUGGGACAGGCUGUUAAUUUCUGGUAAAGAGACAGUCACUCUCCUGUUUUCAUCUCUUAUCAUUUAGGCAAGAAAUGGAUGGUAGACCCAAUCUUGAGCUGUGACAGCCAAGGUAACCCACCUAAGUUCCUUGUGGAUUUUCUUUUUAGGAAAGUUCUUGAAGGCCCUUUGUACAUUAUUUCAUUUCCAGCAGCUGUGGAUGUGAUUUGGGGUGCAAAUCUGCUGGUAAAUUUGGGAAAGCCUGCCGGCAGGCUAAGACCUCCCAAGCCCCUCCAUGCUAACUGCCAAGCCAGAACACUAGCCAGGAUGAUGGCCACAAUGACUAGAACGCUAGCACUUGGGUGCUUCACUAGAAGGCUUCUUCCCAUUUUCAACACCAAACCAGCUCAACAUCAACACUUCUGUAACUGGGAUAUGCAAGUAAAUAGUACCCUUUGGGAUCAAGAUUUUCUGGUGAGGAUGUUAAGAGAGAGAGUAGUUAGUUGUUUGCACUUGCAAAGCUCUUUAUCCUUUUACUACAUUGAGGGCAUUCUGGGGACUGUGUUUCACUGAGACCAUCACUCUUGGAAGUAAAACUAUUUUUGAAAAUAGCUCUGCACUUGUGGUAGUGGGGACAAGACUGCUCUUAGAUGUGUUUUAAGCACUCAUUCAGCCCUGUUAACCUGGCUUUCUUGGUGUUCCCCUGUUCUUUCCUUCCUUUCGCCCUCCCCCCACCUCCCAAGUCACUUCUGCAGUCUUAGUAUACUUAAGCUCCUUGCCUGCUCAGAAUCUGUGGGUAGCUAUAAUACGCUAGCUAAGCGAUGGACUCCACUGGUUGGCUUCCCCCCCCCCUUCCCAUAGCAUUGACAGGUCCUGUCAUUUCAACUACAUAUCAGUUCUCCAAACCAAGGAUGUUCAUAGCACCAGUUAAAACUAAUUAGGAGCCUCUUCCAUGUUGUCUUAGUAUUCUGGAGAUAAUGUAUGAUGUAUUUGAAAAAAAAAAAAAAAAAAGCAAAAAUUAAAGAUAUGUAUAUAAAGCAUAAAAUGUAUUGGUGAAAUGAUGAUAAUUAAAGAAGUAAUGCUGGGGAAAAGAA